AUGCUCCGUUGGGUGGUCAAAGAGGUUGAAAACCCGUACGGGAGCGUCGCCACUGUGCACUGGGCCAUGGACGAUGAUGGCGAGGACGAAUUGACGACGACUGCAGGCGCCUGCGAUGCGUCGUUGCGGCAGCAGCUGGAAACCGCCGAGGAUCAGCUUGGGGCGGUGCUGUGGAACAGCAACACCGUCGCCCUGCAGUACCUGCACAACCACGUGCUCCGCGACAAGGUCGCCGGCUACCGCGUGGUUGAGCUCGGCGCCGGUGUCGGUUGCCUCGGCAUUGCCUUGGCGAUGGCGGGGGCACGCGUGGUCGUCACCGACAUGAAGGAACUCGUGCCGCUGAUGCAGAAAAACAUUGAGCUGAACGCAGCGCGAAUACGCGCACGAAGCAACGGCCAGGGCUCCUGUGCGGCACUCGCACUGCGCUGGGGACCCCCGCCUAGGCCAAGGAAGCAAAAGCGGCAGCAACGCGAAGAAACCCCACAGGGGUCGAGGGCAAAAGCCGCAUUGACGUACGCCGCGCCGUCGCCGUCGUUUCUUGCGUUGCAGCAAGCGUUGGACGGCAUUGACAUGGUGGUGCUCUGCGACGCCCUAUACGGCAACACGCGGGAGUGGCCGCAGCUGCUCUACACACUGUCGGAGAUACUCGCGGCAAAUCCAACGUGCAAGGUGUUUAACUUUUGCGAGCAGCGCGUGGACGACGUCGAGGGCGGCUUCCUGCGACUGCUGCAGCGGGAAAAUAGCAAGAUCCUACAGCGUUCGGUGGGGACGGGGAAAGCCGCCGAGGGGGAGGAGAAGGAGAAGGAGAAGGAGGAGCCCGAGGAAGAUGAGACUCUGGACUCAGCAUUGACGCGAAUGCGUGGUGCAUACGCAUGGCACAGCUCGACGGAGACUGUAAGUGAAGGGGCGAGCGACUUGGACAUGACCGUCCGCGCCACUUGCAUUCGCUGGGUGCUGCGGGGACAAACGUGA